AUGGCGGCGCCGUGGGGCGGCUACGGCUGUUCCUCUACGUACGCCAGCUACUCGCCCCUGCAGCCCACCUUCUCCUACACUGGAGCCGACAUCGCUUCAGCCUCCGACCCUUCUGGAAUCAGCCACUUACCCACAGCGCCUGGACUCAGCUGUGGCGGCACGACGUACCACCACCCGGCGGCGGCGGCCGGCUGGCCGGGCCACCAGACCGGCUCGUUCAUGCCCCACCACCACCACCACCCCCACCACCACCCCAACAACUACAACUACUACGGCGCGGCCCAGCCGGCGCCCGGCCCGUACCUCAACCCGCCGCCGCCCACCGCCGUGGCAGCCGCCGCGCCGCCGCCCCCGCCUCCGCCGCCGCCCCCGCCCACCAUGCUGGUGUACCCGCACCUGUACUCGACGGUCAACCAGAACCAGAUCCACGUGCACCUGCACGCCGACCGGGACUACGCGCACGACCCGGAGGCGGCGGCGGCCGCCGCUCGCGCGCUCGACGGCCUCGUCGUCUCGUCGCACGACGCCUCGCCGCCCGGCGACGUCAUCAACAGGUAUCCGGACCGGCACGCCGACCAGUCCGUCUGGAGGCCCUACUGA